AUGGAGGAUAGAGAUACAGUUGGGAUUUCAAUGAUUAAUGAAGGAAAUAGAGAAAAUUGGGUUAAUAAUUCAAUAUCACCAGAUAAUUCUUUAUUAAUACGUAGGAUACAUCAGAAAACAAAUUCUAAAUCUGAUUUAUUUCAUCAAAUUUCAUCACCAACAUCUUCUACACGAACUUCGGUUUCACAUGAUACUCAAGAUUCUAUAGUUACCUCAUUUAUAGUUUUAGAUGAACAGGAAAUACCUUUUGAUGAAGUAAUAUCUGAGAAUAAAAAUCAAAGCUACUUUUUAAAUUGUAAUAAUUAUAUAGAAGUUGAUGAUAAAAGUAAAUCCUUUAAAGAUAGUGAUGGAAUAAAUGAUUGUAAAAAUAGUAGUAAAUAUAAGAUGUUAAAUACUAAAACAACUAAUAGAAAAGAAAGUAAUAAGAUAAUAGAUAAUAAUGAGAUAAUAAAUAGUGAAAUUAGAGAAAUAAUGACUUGUAUUGAAAAUGAGGAAUAUAAUAAGAAUAAUAAUUCAAUAAUGAUUGGAGAUAUUAAAGAUAUAAGAAUUAUUGGUAAGAACUCUGAAAAUAAUGAGAAUAAAGAGAAGAAAGAGAAUUUAAUGUCAAAUAGUUAUAUACAAGAUAAUGAUAAUAAUAUUUUGAAUAAAGAUAUAGUUUCAUUAGAAAAAAGUUAUAUUAUUAGUAAUAAGAGAUCAAAAAAUAAAUGGAAAUCAAAGAAGAAGUUGAGUGAAAAGAUAUUACUUAUAUUUAAUAAUUUAAAGAGUGAUUUCCUUUCAUGGAAGAUUGGUAACUGGGGUUCAAAUAAAGGCCCUUCUAAUUUUUUGAAUAAUAGAAGUAAUAAAGAUAAUAGAAAACAAGAUUUAGAUUUUAAAAGUCAUGAUAUGAUUAUAGAUGAAAGUAAUGGAGAUGAAACUUGUUAUACAAAUGAUAGUAAUAUUAGUAGGAAGACAGUUAGUACUAUUGAUGAAUGUAUAUAUCCAAGUAUACCAUAUUUAGAGCCACAAAAACCGGAGUAUUUUGGAAGAAAGACAUUGGUACUUGAUUUAGAUGAAACUUUAGUACAUAGCUCAUUCCAACCAAUAAGAGCAGCCUCAUUUGUUAUUUCUGUUGAAAUUGAAUAUGAAAUGUAUAAUGUAUAUGUAUUAAAAAGACCAGGUGUUGAUAAAUUUCUUGAAGUAGUUAGCUCACUAUAUGAAGUUGUUAUUUUUACUGCAAGUUUAUCUAAAUAUGCAAAUCCAUUAUUAGAUAAACUUGAUCCACGUGGUUUAUGCCCUUACCGUCUAUUUCGUGAAAAUUGUACAGUAGAAGGAAAUUCUUUUAUAAAAGAUUUAUCAAAACUUGGUAGGAAUUUAGAAGAUGUUAUAAUUAUAGAUAACUCUCCAAUAUCAUACUUAUUUCAACCAGAGAAUGCUAUUCCAAUUACUUCAUGGUUUAAUGAUAAAAAUGAUACUGAAUUAUAUGAUUUAUUACCAUUACUUAGUGUAUGUUUUAUAUUUAAUCUUUUUUUUUGUAAUAGUAAUAAAUUAAAUUAUAUGGAAAUAAAAUUUCAAAAUAUUAACUUUAUGAUAAUGGAUCUUUUUUCAGAUACUUGCAAGAAAGAAGUUAAAUAA